UUAGACCCUUAUCUCUGAAUUGGAGCCUGAAAAGACACUUUAUAAAGACUGUGGGGUUUAGUUUUGGAUGAUACUCUUCAGAGUUGUGGAUGUGAGAACAAGUCCUCUGGUUUGCAACAAGUGAAGGCUGGUUUUGAGGUUUUGACUUUAGUACAGCAAAUUUACUUGGAAAAGAUGGAAGUAGAUGUUACGCUUUGACCUAUCCAUCACUGGCUUAGUGAGGGGACCAACAUGGAUGAAAACACAGAUAUAGCUGUAGUCGGCAUCGGCUGUAACUUCCCAGGAGGUGAGGGCCUUGAGAACUUCUGGACAGUUCUGGUUAAUGGGAGAAAUUGUGCUGAGGAGAUUCCAGAGGAGAGAUUUGACUUAUCACAUUGGUAUGAUCCUAAUGACAAGGUUCUGGGGAAAACACAGACUACUAAAGCUGCUUUCAUAGAUGGGUUCAAUGAGUUUGAUCACAAGUUUUUCGGCAUCUCUGAGGACGAGGCUAACUUCAUGGAUCCUCAGCAGAAACUCCUUCUGCACUGCUCAUAUAGAGCACUGGAGGAUUCUGGGAUUCCCAUGGAGAAAGUCAGUGGAUCCAGAACUGGAGUUUACAUAGGGCUCAUGAACAGAGACUAUGAAACACUGCUGAAUAACAGUCCGAGCACAAUAACCCACUUUAAUGGCACAGGAACAGCUAUGAGUAUAGCUGCCAACAGGAUCUCAUAUACCUUCAACCUCACUGGGCCUUCCUUUGCCAUAGACAGUGCCUGCUCAUCCUCACUGGUUGCAUUGCAUUCUGCUUGUCAGGCAAUCAGACAAGGUGACUGUGAGAUGGCUCUCUGUGGAGGUGUAAGCUGCAUUCUUGAGCCACGGGUCUUUGUUGCUCUGAGCAAAGCAAAAAUGAUCUCACCUGGAGGCACCAGUAAACCAUUCUCCAACACAGCAGAUGGUUAUGGAAGAGGAGAAGGCUGUGGUAUACUGUUAUUAAAGCCUCUGAAAAAAGCUCUUCAUGAUGCUGAUCACAUCUGGGGAAUAAUUUGCAAAACUGCGGUGAACCAAGAUGGUCAUGCUGUUACACCAAUGACAAGGCCAUCUAUAGUCCAGCAGGAGGAGCUGCUCCACAGAAUCUACUCUGCAGAGUCCUAUCGGUCUGAAGUCCAGUACAUAGAAGCUCAUGGGACUGGCACUCCAGUGGGAGAUCCAACAGAAGCAGGUAGCAUUUCCAAUAUCAUUGCCAAAGCAAGACCUGCAGGUUUAGGGCCGCUCUGUAUCGGCUCCGUUAAGAGUAACAUUGGGCACACAGAAUCUGCAGCCGGAGUAGCAGGACUCAUUAAGGUUCUCCUGAUGAUGAAACAUGAAACUAUUGUUCCAUCAGUUUUCUACUCAGAGGAAACCUCUAGCAUUGACUGUCAAGCUCUCAAUCUUAGAAUUCCUAGCAAAUCUGAGAAAUGGCACUGUACUGGUUCUCUGGGCAGGGUGGCGGGAAUAAAUAGCUUUGGAUUUGGUGGCACUAAUGCACAUGCCAUCAUUAGGGAAAAUACACAUGCUACAGCCUUUGGUUUGAACACUCAAGGGAAUUCAAGGAAACUGUUUCCAUUGUCUGCUGCCACAAGUAAGUCUCUUGAAAUGUGCAUAGCUGACACGUAUCAAAGGAUUAGCACAGACAGCAGAACUGACAUAAGAAGUCUUUUGUAUACAUCAGCAUGCAAGAGAAGUCACGCAAAACACAAGUACAGGAAAGUAUUUGUUACAACAUCUCUUUCAGAUCUAGAGGAACAGCUUAAAUCGAAUCUGAACAACGAAAUCUCUCCGACAAAACCAGACCUCAGGGUAGUUUUUGUGUUUUGCGGAAAUGGCGUCACUUACAGAGGCAUGUGCAAGCAGCUGCUGAGAGAAGAGCCUAUUUUUCAAGAAAAAGUCAUGGAGAUUGAAAACUACUUUCAGAAUUACAGAGGAAUGAGCAUAUCACAAAAGAUCAACAGCUUUGACAAUGAUGAUUUCUCAAAACCAGAAAUUGUACAGCCUCUUCUCUUCGCUACCCAGGUUGCCAUUGCUAGUCUGCUAAAGCACUGGGGUAUUAGGCCCUCUGCUGUUCUUGGGCAUUCGAUGGGAGAGGUUGCUGCUGCCCAUUGCGCUGGUCUGUUGUCUCUUGAGGAUGCAGUGAAGGUCAUCUACUAUCGGAGUGUCCUACAAAACAAAGUCACUGGAGGAAAAAUGCUGGUGGUUGGCAAUAUAGCAGUGCCAGACAUUCUGAAACUUCUUCCAGCUUACACAGGCAAGGUGUGCCUAGCAGCUGUGAACAGUCCAGUGUCAUGUGUGCUAUCUGGUGAGACAGAUGCAGUUGAAAGUGUGUACCAAUUGUUGAGGACCUCACUUAAGGGCAAGAAUCUAUUCUUGCAUAUUUUGGAGGUCCCUGCUGCCUACCAUAGCCAUAUGAUGGAUCCAAUACUGAGUCAAAUUAAAGACCGCAUAGGGUCUUUAGAUCAACAUGAAAUGGAGUGUGAGUUGUUCUCCACAGUAACUGGAAAGGCUUGCUGUCCUGGAGACUUUGUAACUGCCGAUUACUGGGCAAGAAAUAUCCGAAACCCAGUUGCAUUUGAGAGUGCUGUGAAAGCUGUGGCAGACAAUAAAAAGAAUGUAGUCUUUGUUGAGAUUGGUCCAAGAAGGGCUCUGCAGAGGAACAUUGUGGAAACUCUGGGAAAUGACACACUGGUGCUUUCCUCAGUCCAACCAGACAAAGAUCUUGAUACACUGCUUGCUGCUGUGUCUAGACUCUUUGAGCUGGGAGUCUGUGUAGACUGGGAUCAGUUCUACAGUGGCUUUAAAUCACCACCAACUUCUUACCCUAAGUAUCAGUUUGACUGCCUGAGGAAAGAGGUAUAUUUUGAGGAAGUAAGACAAGGUAAUGAGGUAAUGGCUCGCUGUUCUCAUCCACUAAUAUGUCCCAUUAGUAAGCGUAACAACAGAAUUAUCAAAUGCAAUCUGUCAGUGGAAACCACUCCCUAUGUUUGGGAGCAUAAAAACAAUGGCACAGUCAUCGCCCCAGGUGCCUUGUAUGUUGAAAUGGCUUUUGCUUCACUACUUGAAACUGUUGUCCCAAAGAUGCCUCUUUCCUCACUUCAGCUUACUAUCAACUUCCAGAACUUGCUUGUUCUUAGUAAGAGUUCGCAUCUUCUGAACGUGCAACUUGAGUCAUUUGAGGAUAAGGCUCAAUUUCGGAUACAGUCCUCUGUAUCUACAGUGCAUGCAUCAGGAGCCAUCACGUACACAAGAGGACCAGCAGUCUUUGAGCACCAAUCCAUUGUCUUGGACAUGGUUUUGAAACGAUGUUCAUCAAUUAUUGAUGGACAACAGGUCUAUGCCACUCUCAAGCAGGCAGGAUUUGAGUAUGGAUCCACCUUUCGACAGCUGAAUGAAAUCCACUAUGGGGAGGAAUUCAAGGAAGCAGUGGCCCCUGUCAAAAUCCCAGUUGAAUUGCUUGGUCAGCUAUAUGAGCACUGCCUGCAUCCAGUUGUAUUGGACUAUUUUCUGCAGGUGACCUCUGUUUUAGGCUUCAGUAACAGCACUGUUCGUCGUGGAUUUCCCUCUGCAAUUGGCAGCAUGGUAAUAUCUGCCCCUCUUCGUGAGGAAGUGAUCAUCUAUAUGAGGCUUACUCAAGAGACGCCAGAAUAUUUUGAGGUGUGUGGUUGUUUCACAGAUACAACUGGACAGAUCUUGGUUGAACUUAAGCACGUCAGAAUGACACUUUUAGAAGAUAGUAUGAAUAUGACUGAUUCAUAUUUCUUUCAUAAUGAGAGACUUGCUGUCCAAGCCAGUUCCAACAUUUGUAGCAAGCCAAAAGCUGUAGUCUUUGAGGACACAUUAGGUAUUGCAAGUGCUUUGAAGCCAUACCUACACCCUUCGUCAGUAUUUUUCUCUCCUGCUGAUGCAAACUGGUCAACUUCUCCAGCAGAGCUAGAGCAAGUUGCGCAAAAUGGAGCAGAGACAAUUUUGUUUGUCUGCAGCUUUCAAAAUCUCAGCCAUCUAAAACCUCAGUCAGUUCUCGAGCACUUGGUGGAUAUCUGUGAGCUUUAUCGUCAAGUUGUUUUGGUCAUGAGAAAAUGCAAGCAUUUGCUCACUAUUCACGUUGUAACGUACCGAUCAUCUGAAAACACUGUUGAUCACAUUAGUCCUGGAUUUGUGCUAUCUGGUCUGACCAGGGCCUGUGCUGCUGAGUUGUCGGAAAUCUCCUUUCAACUCAUUGACCUUGGCACAGUGUCAACUGAGGACAUAGAGGCAUUAGUUUACGUGAUCUGCUCCUAUAAAAGCAAUGAGUACCCAGAAGUUAUGAUAAGGAAAGGCCAGGUUUACUCAACAGUGAUAACACGUACACCAAUUAACACAACAGCACAAUGCAAGGGCUCUUUACUGUCAGACUGCUUCACCUUACAGACAGUCAGUCCUUAUGCAAUGUCUUGUUUGUCAGCCAUACCCAAUGAGCAUGAACCCAGUGUAGUAAAUCUCACUGAUGGAAAAUCUGUGGAGGUCCAGCUCUGUAAAAUCUGUGUGCACUCCUCAGACUACUUUCCAGUUAGCAUAUCUGACCUAAAAUUUGGUCGGACAAUAUACUGGCAUGAGCUGACUUUUCAGAACCACCAACUUUUAGCUCUUGACUUCAGUGGUGUUGUCACAGCUGUGGGGAAAGAUGUUAGAAACCUGAGAGUGGGGGACCAUGUUGCUUCCUGUUACCCUACAGUAGCAACUUCGAGCGUAGUCCUACCAGAGAAUGCUUGCUACAAAACAAAGAAACUCCCUUUUCUGAAAGAUGUUCCCUGUGUUUCUUACGUUAUACUUGCUUGGGAGAUCUUGAACAGUGCUCUACCAAUUGCCAAGCCAAAGAAGAUAUUGGCCAUUUGCUCCACAGUUCCAGAAUCAGCACUGAUGAAGGUGUUGGCUUUCACGGCAAACAAGUCUGGAUGGAAUGUUGUGAUAGAGCCUGACUUGGCUGGACUCAUCCGAAAUAUGGACCAGUGUCCAGUUUGUGUCCUGAUUCCUCCUUUUGAUCAAUCAUGGUUGGCAGAGUUAGGCAGUGUUGCCAGUACAAAUCAUAUUUAUGUUGUUUCUGACAACAAGGACUUGAUAUCUUGCCCAUCAAGCAUUCUUCAGAAUGAUAAUGAGAGUGUGUGCUUCCACUAUCCUAAGUUGGGUAACAUUUUCCAGAAGUCUCAUCUCAGGAGACAGAAUGCUUGCAUAUAUAGAUGGCUAAAAAUGAUGACCUUGGAUAAGUCAAUCCUAUCCUUACCCAGCAACAUUUUUCAGAUCACCCAAGCUGAAGCCACGAGUCACCACACUCAGAAUGCUGGGUCUUAUUUCAGCAAUAAAACUGUGCCCUUGAUUGUUUUGAGUAACAAUGGGUCCAAUGCUGGCAUUUCUCAUAUUGACUUACUACCAAAAACAAAGCAUCUCUUCACACAAAAAGCUGUGUACAUAGUUUCAGGUGGUUUGUCAGGUUUAGGAUUUGAAACAGUCAAGUUCAUUGCACACUCGGGUGGUUGUUGCAUCGCUACACUCUCGAGGAAUGCUGCAAAUGAGGAAACAAAGCUGCAGAUCAGCAGGCUUACUAAAAGAUAUGGAGUAAAAAUCCUCACUCUUCAGUGUGACGUGUCUGUGUCAGAACAGGUAUUGGAAGCAAUCACUAUAAUUGGACACAAGUUCCCUUCUUGUCCAAUAAAAGGAGUCUUCCACAGUGCCGCCGUACUCCAUGAUGGGUUACUUGAAACCCUUGAUAAGUCAAUCUUCGAAAAAGUCUUGCGCCCUAAAGUGAAUGGUGCAUUGAAUCUUCACUACGCCACGGUGAACAGCAAAGUCGAUUACUUUGUGUGCUACUCAUCCAUCUCCUCUUUCAUUGGCAAUGCUUCUCAGGCUAAUUACGCAGCUGCCAACUCAUUUCUAGACACUCUGUGUCACUACCGACGUAAUAUCGGACUUGCUGGACAGUCCAUCAACUGGGGGCCUCUCAAACUGGGUCUUCUGCUAAACAAAGGGGACUUUCAAACUUUCCUAGAGUCCAAAGGGUUAAUGAUCAUGGAAGUUCCAGAAAUUCAUGAAGCUCUGAAGCACUGUUUGUUGGAGAACAGGCCUCAGCAGGUUGUGUGCAAAUUCAACUUCAGAAACUUGAGGAACAAUGUUCUUUCUCAAAAUGCUUCUCUAAAAGGGCGACUAACCGCUUUAGUGGAGAAAGAGCUUGAAAGCAAACUAGUAAAUGAGCCCAGGAAGAAUCUGCAGUCUUCAUUUGAUGAAUAUAUAAGAUGCAUGCUUAGUAACAUUUGCAAUGUUGAUGCAGAUGAACUUGAAGAUGAGACAGUCCUUGCUACAGUGGGAAUUGAUUCAAUGAUGGCCAUGACAAUGCAGAAUCGGAUGUUUCAGGAGACUGGAGUAAACAUUCCUCUUGUUGCUUUACUUGACCCUAACAACACUGUGUCAUCACUGAUUAGCCUUUUCACAGAAAGCAAUAAUGGAUGUAAUGAUGUAUAUCUUUAAAAGGUAUAUACAAUGUAUAUAACAUUGGAGAAAGAAUAACGCCACAGCAAGUAAUUAGCUUUAUAGUCUUCCCUGCCUCUCCCUUGAUUUCCUCUCCUGUGCACAAACACUAAUACCACCUGUUGCAGAUUGGGCUAGAAUGGUGCUGUUUCUCUGUCUGAGCAAAUUUCUUUGUUUCCAAGUUGACAAAGCCAGGGCUGAGUAUGAACAGACUUUUUUUUGUGCGCAAACAGAUCAGAGCCAGCAAACAGUGGGGAAACAUUUACUGAAUUUUGUUAUUUUGUUGAUUUUGUGAUACUGAUAUUCAGAUUAGUUUGAUAUCCGUGAUAUUUAUAUGAUUAAAGCCACAGUUAUUGUUUUUGUAAUCCAACAUAUAUGUCUAAUUAUUACUAUUUCUAAUUAAAUCAUAUGCUUAAAUGCUUGGAUGUUUUUUAUAUAGUUAACAACUUUUAUUUAGUUAAUCAUAUUGAUGAAAUCAUAAAGAAUGAAGUAUAUGUUUAGGGUUUUUAUUUGUUGGCAAUAGCUGUGUCUUAUGUGUUAAAACGCUCUGUUGUUUGUUUAAUGUUAAGAAUUUUGCCAAACCCUGCUGUAUAAGAAACUAGUACAGUUCUGUCUGUAUGUGGCAACACAGAGGGGUCAAAGUGCAGUUUCCUGUUAUACACGUCUUGAAUGGCUGUACCAAACUCACAAAUCCCCCUGAGGUGCUUAUGCAAAUAUGAAGCAUGUGCAGCGGAAGGCAGAUUUUAACCACAGUGCAACCAAAUGCAAAAAGGAACGCAAGAGGUGAAAAUCUGCUAAUCCUUACUCAGACUGUUUUUUUGAAGAAAGACCAUGAGUCUUGCUUCAAUCAGGAAUGUACCAAGAAUGUGAUUUGCUAGACUGAAAUGUGGUAAAAACACAAUGUGAUGUUUGGGAGGAGCUGAUAUUACGUACCUUUUAAGUACCUUUUUAUACACAUCUGAUUUUUACUGUGAUGUAAUGUAUGCUUAUUCAAUGGUCAAUAAACCGCA